AUGGACCAUAGCGACUUUGACAGUGUCUCUUGGAAGAAUGGCCCCGACAGCGAUUUGUCAAGGCCAACAACUUCCGGAACUGAUGUGGAGGAACCAGAGAGAGUAGAUUCACCGUUGAAGGAAAACAGUGGCACGAAAGAUGUCUAUAUAUCUUAUCUCAUCACCACCCAUACCGACUUCAAAUCGUUCCAAAGACCCGAUUUCACUGUCCGUCGUCGCUACUCGGAUUUCAAUUUCUUGUAUAACACACUAUUUCGCGAUUACCCAGCCUGUGCUGUCCCUCCGCUACCAGACAAGCAUAAGAUGGAAUACGUGCGUGGGGAUCGUUUUGGAUCUGAUUUCACCAACCGUCGCGCUUGGUCCCUUCACCGGUUCCUCAAGCGGCUAUCUCUCCAUCCUGUCCUCCGCCGUGCUCCAAUUCUCGUUGUAUUCCUCGAAUCCGCAGAUUGGAACGCGCAUAUGCGCCUUCGCCCAUCACGUACCUCCACCAGCACCUCUGAUGGCGGCAACGGGCCAACGGGUAUUUUUGACAAUUUUGCAGACACUUUUGUCAACGCUUUCACGAAGGUACACAAACCAGACAAGCGGUUCAUCGAGGUGCGGGAGAAAGCGGACAAAUUAGAUGAAGACUUGAAUCAUGUUGAGAAGAUAGUGGCAAGGGUAGCUAGACGAGAGUCAGAUCUAGAAACCGACUACAACGAACUAGCCACACAAUUCCGCAAGCUGGUCUUGCUCGAGCCUGAUGUCGAAGCACCGUUGCAAAUCUUUGCUGCCUCAGUAGAAGAGACCGCUCGAGGUAUAAAGGACCUCAAAGACCACACAGACCAAAACUACCUGGGAAGCCUACGGGACAUGGAAGCGUAUAUCCUCUCCCUUAAGUCCCUGUUAAAAACCCGCGAACAAAAACAGCUAGACUUUGAAGCGCUUGUCGACUACCGGAACAAAGCCGUUUUCGAUCGUGAUUCUUUAGCCAACAACCCGGCCUCGUACUACUCUCCCAACCCACUUACCAGCAACCCAGCCUCCUUCAUCCGCUCUAAAAUGGAAGACAUGCGCGGCGUCGACCAUGAACAAUCUCGUCGCGAGCGCAUCCGCAAGCUCGAAUUGCGCAUCGACGAACUAACGCGAGAAGUUGAAAGUUCCAAAACCACGUCUGAAAUGUUCGAUGAGGAGGUCGUCAGGGAAGUGGCGGAUUUUGAACGCAUUAAGGCCGUGGAGUUCCGUGAUACAUUAGGGGCGCUGGCAGAGAAACAUGUGGAAUUUUAUCAGGGGGUGCUGGCGACGUGGGAACGAUUUAUUGUUGAGAUGGAAGCGGAGGGGGAGGAGAGUCAAGGCCACGAUCAGCAUGGGAAGGAAGUGAAGGGGCUUGUUGGGGUGGGCCAUUCAUGA